AUGGACAGCAACAGCAGCUCUGGCUCUCAUCCACCCAUCUACACCGAGGUGGUGGCUAUUACGCCCACCAUCUUCCCUCGGGUGGGCUACAGUAUAAUUUCUUUCCUCAUGUUCAUCAACACAUUGUUAACAGUUUUUAACAAUUGUCUCGUCAUAACCGUGAUGCUGAGGAACCCGUCUCUACUCCAGCCUAUGACCGUUUUCCUCAGCCUUGCGGUGUCUGACCUCAUGAUAGGCCUGUGCGGAUCCCUGGUCGUCACCAUCACUAACUACCACGGCUUUUUCUUUAUUGGCGACACAGCCUGCGUGUUUCAAGGAUUUGCAGUUAAUUAUUUUGGUUUGGUGUCUCUCUGCACUUUGACCCUGCUUGCCUAUGAGCGGUACAACUUGGUGUGUAAGCCGAGAGCUGGUCUAAAGCUGAGCAUGCGGAGAAGCAUCGCCGGGCUGCUAUUUGUCUGGAUCUUCUGCUUGUUUUGGGCGGUGGCUCCGUUAUUUGGCUGGAGCUCCUACGGACCUGAAGGAAUCCAGACCUCCUGCUCUCUGGCCUGGGAGAAGAGAUCGUGGAACAACUACAGCUACCUCAUCUUCUACACACUCCUAUGCUUCAUUUUCCCUACCAUAGUCAUCAUUUACUGCUACUCCAAAGUGCUCACAUCCAUGAAUAAGCUGAACAGGAGCGUGGAGCUCCAGGGUGGGCGUUCCAGCCAGAAGGAGAAUGAUCAAGCCAUCAGUAUGGUCCUGGCCAUGAUCAUAUCUUAUUUUGUUUGCUGGCUGCCCUACACGGCGUUGUCAGUGGUGGUAGUCGUGGAUCCAGAGCUCUACAUCCCUCCACUGGUCGCCACUUUGCCCAUGUACUUUGCCAAGACCAGCCCUGUCUAUAACCCCAUCAUCUACUUCCUUUCCAACAAGCAGUUCCGUGAAGCCGCUCUGGAGGUGCUGUCGUGCGGCCGCUACAUUCCCCAUGUGCUCCCCACUGCCAGCAUCAACAUGCGCUCCGUCAACUCGCACAGCAAGGUGUUGCCUCUGUGACUUUCUCCAGGGAAAACAAGAAGCUGCCAUGGUUGUCAGUGUUUAUUGGUGCCCCAUCACGGACACAGUCACGCAGACCUGCACAUCUACAGGCCCAUGUCUCUCAGAGAGGUCUUCACUGUAACCCAGUGAGAACAGAAUCGGCACAGAGACUGUUAGCUGAUAUUGAGGAGGUGGACAAAAUAAAUGCAAUCCAAUCCAUCCGGAAAAAAAGUGCUUAUUUUGUUAACUUGUUAGGAUUAUAUAGGAGCUGGGUUGAUUCAUCUGAAACUAUUUUGUUUUGGCAUUGUAUUAUUUCAUUAUAUUGCAAGGUAAUCCUGUAUUUAUUGUCCAUCCCAUUUUUCUAGAACAAGUAUUCAGUAAGAUGGUUUUAUUUCUGUGUCCACUCACAUUGCACAUAAGUACCUGUGUGAAUACAGGAUUUACUCAGUACAAUUAUUUAUCAGUUGCAGGGAAGCUGCAAAACAUAAUAUGCUCUCUCUCCGAUUGUG